UUGGAGCGCAGCGGGCGCUGACAGUCGACGACGAGCCUGUGUAGCGCAGCAAAGGAGGAGAGGGGUGCUUUAACUUCCUGUAUGCUCCGCAAGUAUCGGCAUUCUCGCAUUAUCGUACAUGCCUAAGAGUACUUAGACGCCCGUGAGUGAUAGGGCGCCGGUGUAUACGUGAGUAUAUGGCAAAAGGCGAAAGGCAGCCUGAGUAAUUAGCUAAAUGCGGAGUGUUUACAGCAGCCGGAGCCGCCUGCCCUGCCUCCCUUCCUCCAGUUCGGAUCUGCGUACAGCGGCUGCCGCUGCGCUGAAUCUGGGCUGCCUCAGAUAGCAUCUGGAGAAGCGGCUGAAUCAGAGGACACAGCCCGGGCCCUGGUCAUUCGCCUCGGAUCGGCGAGCAGCGGCCGGCUGCAUGCAGCUCGCGUUGUAAUAAUAAGAAUAAAAGGAGUGAGCAGCAUCAGCAUUUGCGGGAAUUAGCGCUGCGAGCCUGGAUGCGCCUCUUAAGCUGAUAUGGCUGUUCUCAAACUCGUCGAUCAGCCCCCGCUGAUCCAGGCCAUAUUCACCGGCGACCCGGAGGAGAUCCGGAUGCUGAUCUACAAGUCAGAAGACGUCAAUGUUCUGGAUGCCGAGAAACGCACCCCCCUCCACGCGUCUGCUUUCCUGGGCGAUGCUGAGAUCACAGAGCUGCUCAUCCUCUCGGGGGCUCGUGUCAAUGCCAAAGACAACAUGUGGCUGACUCCACUGCACCGGGCAGUGGCAUCUCGCAGUGAGGAGGCCGUGCGUGUGCUGAUCCGCCACUCCGCGGACGUAAACGCACGUGACAAGAACUGGCAGACUCCGCUGCACGUGGCCGCUGCCAACAAGGCCCUGCGCUGUGCGGAGGUCAUCAUCCCGCUGCUGAGCAGCGUCAAUGUGUCUGACCGCGGGGGGCGGACCGCCCUGCACCAUGCUGCCCUCAACGGGCACACAGAGAUGGUGCAGCUCCUCAUUUCCAAGGGUGCGAACCUCAACGCGUUUGACAAGAAGGACGCCAGGGCCCUGCACUGGGCUGCCUUCAUGGGUCACCUGGAUGUGGUGCGUCUCCUGGUGAGCCAGGGCGCAGAGAUCAGCUGCAAGGAUAAGCGCGGGUACACGCCCCUCCACGCUGCCGCCUCCAACGGUCAGAUCACCGUGGUCAAGCACCUGCUCAACCUGGCAGUAGAGAUCGACGAAGCCAACGCCUUCGGGAACACGGCCCUGCACUUGGCCUGCUUCAACGGGCAGGACGCGGUGGUGAGCGAGCUCAUUGAUUACGGCGCCAGCGUCAGCCAGCCCAACAACAAGGGCUUCACGCCACUGCACUUCGCGGCCGCAUCCACCCACGGCGCGCUCUGCCUCGAGUACCUUGUCAACAACGGCGCCGACGUCAACGUGCAGAGUCGAGACGGCAAAAGCCCCCUCCACAUGACGGCGGUGCACGGCCGCUUCACCCGCUCCCAGACCCUCAUCCAGAAUGGUGGGGAGAUAGACUGCACGGAUAAGGAUGGGAACACCCCCCUCCACAUCGCCGCUCGCUACGGCCACGAGCUGCUCAUCAACACCCUCAUGACGAACGGGGCAGACUGUACCAGACGAGGGGUGCAUGGGAUGCUGCCCCUACACCUGGCAGCCCUGAGCGCCCAUGUAGACUGCUGCCGCAAGCUGCUGUCAUCAGGCUUCCAGAUAGACACCCCCGAUCGCUUCGGGAGGACCUGCCUGCAUGCUGCUGCUGCGGGGGGCAACAUGGAAUGCGUUGAGCUGCUCCUCAGCAGUGGAGCCGACCACAACCGGAGGGACAAGUGUGGCAGAACCCCACUCCACUAUGCUGCUGCCAGUCGACACUAUCAGUGUCUGGAGAUGCUGUUGGCACGUGGGAUUUGCAUUAAUGCAGAUGACCAGUGGGGGCGCACUGCCCUUCACUAUGCUGCUGCCUCAGACCUGGACAGAAGGCGGCGUGAGGCCCUGGAGCCAGAGAGCGAAGGGGUGCAAGCGGAGAGGGAGAAGGAGGCAGCAAUGUGUCUGGAGUUCCUGCUACAGAAGGGGGCAGGUCCCAGCCUGAGGGACAAGCAGGGCUACAGUGCCGUGCACUACGCUGCUGCCUACGGCCACCGGCAGUGCUUACAGCUGCUGCUGGACCGGGACCAGGGCCAGCUGGAUGACCCAGCAGACUCCCCCAGCACCAGGAGUCCGCUCCACCUUGCGGCAUACCAUGGCCACGCACAGGCACUAGAGGCGCUGCUGCGGGGGGAGAAGGAGGUGGACCAGACGGAUGAGCUGGGCCGCACCCCACUGGCCCUGGCGGCCCUCAGGGGCCACACUAGUUGCGUCCGCACACUGCUGAGCCAUGGCGCCUCACCCAGGACCCAGGACGCCGCGCAGGGCCGCUCACCGCUGCACCUGGCAGUAAUGAAUGGACACACAUCUUGUUUGCGCCUCCUGCUGGAUGAUUCUGGCAGUGCGGAUCUGGUGGAUGCAGUGGAUUCUCAGGGACGAACCCCCCUGAUGCUGGCUGUGGCGGGGGGCCACGUGGAUGCCGUGUCUGUACUGCUUGAGCAUGAGGCCGCAGUGGACUCGGCUGACAGCUACGGACUGACAGCCCUGCACCUGGGGCUGCUGUGUGGCCAGGAGGAGUGUGUUCAGAGCCUGCUGGAGCAGGAAGCCUCCGUGCUGCAGCCUGACCACCGGGGCCGCACCUCGCUGCACCUGGCGGCCAGCAGGGGGCACGCAUCCUGGCUGAGCGAGCUGAUGAACAUAGCCUGCACCGAGUCCCCCUCCCCUCCGCUCCUGGACCUGCAGGGCUACACGCCGUUACACUGGGCCUGUUAUAACGGCCACGAGGGCUGCAUUGAGGUCCUCCUUGAGCAUAAGGCCUGCCAGGCCUUCAAAGGGAAUCUCUUCUCCCCCCUACACUGUGCCGUGGUUAAAGGUCAAGGGUCAUGUGCCUCUCUGCUGCUGGAGGCCCUGGGAGCUGAUGUUGUUGGCUGCUGUGAUGCCAGGGGCAGGACCCCGCUGCACGCGGCCGCCUUCUCUGGCCACGCCGACUGCCUGGAGCUGCUGCUCAGCCAGGGGGCGCUGGUGAACACGCAGGAUGAGGCAGGGUGCAGCGUGCUCAUGAUGUCAGCGGCACAUGGCAGGGCUGAGUCCCUGGAGGUGCUCUUGCAGCAGCCUGACGUCAACCUGAGCCUGACAGACCGCGAUGGGAAUACCGCCCUGCAUCUGGCCUGCAGUAACGGAAAAGAAGACUGUGCUCUGCUCAUCCUGGAGAAGAUAUCAGACCCCACCCUGAUCAACAGCACCAACGCGGCACUGCAGACCCCGCUGCACCUGGCUACCCGCAGCGGCCUAAAGAAGACCGUGCAGGAACUGCUGUCCCACGGUGCCAGCGCCCAGCUUCUGGACUCCAAGGCUCCAGAGUGCCCUCCCCCGGCCCCUGUGUGAAGGCGUUGCCACAGGUGACAGAGUGUUUCGGAGCCCAUGGCCUCGAAGGUGCUCCCUGAUGCCCCCAAUAAGGGAACCACAAAAAGCAACUCGGACUCAGAGACCUUUUAAUCCCUCCCUCAGACGCCUCCCUGGUUCUUCACGUCAGUUUGGGGACAUGGAUUUCUGUAAUGUGCUCGGUGAGGUUCCUCACGCAGACACUUCUAUUUAAUCACAAUCAGCAACAUUUAUGUGUUUUUUUUAAUGUGAUUUCAAAUCUUUUGUUUUGGACCUGACAAGAGGACCACUUCAUGGACCAGCUAGUGUUUGGCCAAAUUGUAACUUGACAUAAUGUUGAAAAGCAUGCCGUAUAUUUCUGUGUCAUACAAGAGGCUUGUAGCAGCCCUAUGGAGAAGCACAAAGCCCUGAGUACAGACAGGAUGAAUGCAGGGUAAUGCACUAAUCCGAGCCCUGCUGAUUUUCCAGCCUUCCUUCACCUGUGAGCCAGGUGUGAAGCCUCUGACCAAUCAGAAUCAGCAAUUAUUAAACUAACUACCUGGGAGAACUGAAAACAAGGCCUGGAUUUGGAAUCGAGGGCCUGAAUUAAGUAGCCCUGCACUAGGCUAUACAGCAGGGGUGUCCAACCUUUUUUACAGUGAGAGCUACUUUUACAAAGAAAAUACUCAGAUGAGCUACCAAAUCACGACAGCAUAUUUGGGCACCCCUGCUGUACAGGAAAAGCUUGACCACACCGUAUUGGGGUGACAUGCACGCGCAGGACAUCAGCUGCUCUCCACAGCAGUUGCGAGCUGCCUCAGGACAUCUGCUGUGUGCAUGUGUCCGAACUGCCAGGGGGGUGGGGGGUUCAGAGUGCCCAGUGUCACUGGCUCCAAGGACGUCCCCUCUCCCUGCUCGCAGUGACAAACUGAUUAAUGUGGCUGAUUUCCUAAUAGUGCAGAUUCUUUGUGCUCAGCCUGUCGGCCUGCAGUGUACUUGUAAUACUUGCUGGCUUGGCUGUGUUGGUUGCACUCCAUAGUGGUGCCAAGCCGGAAAAACAGGUUCUCAAAUUCAAGGGCCUAAAUAUUCAAGAGGUGACAGAUGGCUUGUCCUGUUAAAGCUUACUUUUUAGAAAAAUCCAUUUUUAAAGCUGGUUUUACAAAUAUGGAUAUAGAUUUUAAAGCUGUAUUCUGCCUGCAUUUAACAAAAUAAAUUGGUUAUUUCAGAUCAGCUCUCUUGUGAAAAAGAACACUGAAAGAAAACAAAACAAAUCCAUACUGAUGGAUGAUAUUUUAUGAGCAUUUCUCAGGUUGAGGAAUCAAACUCAGUACCAAAUCUAAAUGAUACUUUAGUUCUAAGUUGGUUUGUCCUAAAUUCUUGAGUAAUAAUCAGAUUAUUGGUCUUAGGUCACAUGAAGGAAUGAGCACUGGUAUUAAAAUACAGAAUAGACAAUCUUCCCAUUGUCUAAAGAUUUUUUUACUGACCUCUCCUGACAAAAGUGUCUUCUGCCUUUCUACUGCUCAUGCCAUUCCUGGUAUGUGUACUCAUCAGUGCCCCCUAGUGGUGUGCCACAGUAUUUUACAUGCAUUAUGUCUGUGAACAGCAGUACCACUGGGAGCCCUAACAUGGGCAGGUGUCUGGGUCGGCAGUGUUGAGGCUUUCUGCCCAGCACUGCUGCAUGAGCCUGAUAUUCUAGUGAAUUCGGCAGAUCCUGCCCUUUGCAGACGUGUGGUCUCUAACUCGCAUGAGCCAAACAUAAAAUGAAGGGAACACAGUUCCCAUGAGGUACAAUAAGCUCACACGUUUUCUGGUACUCGGUGUCCCCUUAGGAAAGGUCACUUGUGCUGUAUUUAUUUUGUUACUAUUUAGUAUGAAACCAUAAGCAUCUUACUGUAAUACUGUGGCAGUGAGGGGGGGGGGCAGCUCUGGGGAGUUGAGCUGCUCUUCCCUGCCCAGUCAUGGCCUCCCUGUUUCCUCCGCUCAGCCCUUUUUGCGUGUCUGCACCUCUUAGUGCCUUUCCGCACCCCCCCCCCCGUCAUGCUUUAUCCCUUGUGUUACUAAAGCAUUUAUUUGUGCUUUCUGGUGCAUCACUUUUAUUGGUCUUUCUAGGCUGUACGAGAAGUGCACCAGUAAAAGCUUCAGUUUGUUUUUUUAUUUUUAGUAUGGACUGGAGGAUAAGGAUUAAAGAAAGGUACAAGCCGCUAUAAAUAUUCUGACUUCUGAUCCAGCCUAAUUAAUGUAAUAAAGGAGAGAAAUGUUAUUGUAUGUGUCUGCAGAAUGCAUUUGCAGAAAUAAAUAUGACUAGUCUGAGUCUGGCAGGGGGUCAGCGUUAGACACUGGGCGGUGCCGGUUAUGACAAUCUUAUAAUUGAUUCCCAGAUGUGUCUGUUCUUGAUGGUAGGAAAAAACCCAGGUUGUACGAAAUGAAGGCUACAUCUCAGCUACAGUGGCUCUUUUUUUUUAUAUAAACCCAAUAAAGUUCUUUGCUUUGACCUG